CGGUUGGCGGCGGGUGAACGGCCGUGCCCGUUGCCUCCAGCGGCAGAUCCCGGGCCUUUCAGCACUGGGAUAGCUCCGGAGCCAUGGCUGGCAUCUUGGAGGUGAUCCUAGCCUUCAGGAAAUACCUCAUCGUCGUCACGGUAAUCGUUUUGCCCCUCGCUCUGCCUCUGGCGGUGCCUACCAAGGAGGCCAGAUGUGGUUAUGUUAUCAUAGUGAUGGCAGUUUUCUGGUGCACAGAAGCCCUGCCAUUGGCUGUCACAGCUCUCCUGCCCGUCCUGCUGUUCCCACUAAUGAAUAUCAUGGAUGCAAACACAGUCUGUCGGGAAUAUUUAAAGAACACCAAUAUGCUUUUUGUUGGGGGACUGCUGGUGGCCAUUGCCAUUGAGAACUGGCACCUACACAGGCGUAUGGCUCUGCGGGUCUUGCUUAUCACUGGUGUCAGACCAGCCCUACUUCUCAUGGGAUUCAUGGUCGUGACUGCCUUCCUGUCAAUGUGGAUCAGCAACACGGCCACCACUGCCAUGAUGGUCCCCAUAGCACAGGCAGUGCUGGAACAGCUGCACAAGUCAGAGCUGGAGUCCAGUGGUGCUGGUGAAGUGCAGGAAGGCUUUGCAGGCACAAUAUCUUUUCCUGUCCAACCAAGCUUCUGCAUCUCUUUUGUUCCUUGGGAUCCAGGUAAUACUCAUGUCGUGACAAUCGAGGGAAACGAAGAUCCCCUAGAGCAGAAACACUUGAAACUCUGCAAGGGAAUGUCUCUCUCUAUUUGUUACGCAGCCAGUAUUGGAGGAAUUGCAACUCUGACUGGGACAGGACCAAAUCUGGUACUGCAAGGACAAGUUGAAGAGCUCUAUCCUAAUAAUGGUGGUGUCAUCACCUUUGUCUCCUGGUUCUCCUUUGCCUUCCCCACCAUGAUUUUGUUACUGGUUUUGGCAUGGAUUUGGCUACAGAUACUGUACUUGGGCUUUAAUUUUAAGGAGAAUUUUGGUUGUACUGCAAAUGCCGCAGAAAAGACUAAGGAGAAAGAGGCCUAUGCUGUCAUCCAGGAAGAGAGCAGGAAGUUGGGCAGAAUGAAAUUUGCAGAAAUAGCAGUUUUGUCCCUCUUCAUACUCCUGGUAGUGCUCUGGUUUACAAGAGAUCCUGGUUUUACUACAGGCUGGGCAACAAAUCUUUUCAACAAAAAAAAAAAGUUUGUCACUGAUGGUACAGUUGCCAUGUUCAUUGCAAUUUUGUUGUUCAUCAUCCCUUCUGGCUUUUCCAAUGCACAAACAGAUGGCAAGUCAAAGUUCCAAGCACCUCCACCUCUCCUGGACUGGAAAACAGUUCACCAGAAAAUGCCGUGGAGUAUUGUGUUUCUGCUGGGAGGUGGUUUUGCCUUAGCCAAAGGCAGUGAGAAAUCUGGUCUGUCUGCAUGGUUAGGUACCAAACUGACCCCUCUGCAGCACGUCCCUCGCUCAGCAAUUGCCUUCCUAGUGUGUCUCCUCGUUGCCACUUUCACUGAGUGCACCAGCAACGUGGCCACCACCACCCUCUUCCUCCCUAUUGUGGCUUCAAUGGCUGAAGCCAUUUGCCUCAACCCACUCUAUGUCAUGCUGCCCUGCACACUUUCUGCAUCGCUGGCGUUCAUGCUCCCUGUGGCCACUCCUCCCAAUGCCAUUGUCUUCUCCUAUGGACAGCUCAAGGUUAUGGAUAUGGCCAAAGCUGGAUUUGUACUCAACAUUCUGGGAGUUCUGACAAUAACUCUUUCCAUCAAUACCUGGACUUCAACUUUCCUCCAGCUGCAAAUUUUCCCAACUUGGGCAAACAAGACAGGUUCGUGCCCAUAACGUGAACAGGAGAAGGGAGCAGUGACUGUUCCUGUUAGAGCUGCAGUGAGAGCAGGACUGCCCUCCACGCCAGCUUUGCCAAGGCAGUGGUAUAGAGACAGGUCUGUUCUGUGGAAAAGGGCAAUCCACCCUCAAGCAAAACUGUUCUGUUGAUAACAGCAAUAAAAUUUUUUAA